AAAUUAAUUGAUUUCUUAAAAGUUUUAUUUUAAAAUGUAAAACAGGUGCAAUUCCCUGCAAUUCUGUGUCUUCCUUCACUUCAUCUGCACAUACUGUUAGUUAAAAUAGUUGAAUAAAUUGGUGUAAAAGUGUUAUAGAGUUUCAGCUACUUAAUUCAGUGAUUUAACCAGAAAUGGACUGUGUUACCGUGACUACGCAGCUGGUGACUUGCGAGAAGAGAUAUUUUAACAAUAACAAAAACGAUUACAAGCUAGAUUUGUGGGAGGAGUUGAAAAAACGAUGGAUGAUACUUGGUGUCCUUACGUCAAUGCUGCUGGCAGUACUCUCACCAAGAUUCGGCGCUCCCGGAGGCAAAAAACUGCAUGUUCACGAUUAGAUCAUUCUAGAACGCAUUGCACACAUUUGGCCAUGUCCGCUAAAGACAGAGUACCUCUCCUACCUGCCAUUAUGCUGCGUGUAUUUCUGCGCGGGGCGCCGCGCGACGGCGCCUCGUCAGGCCGCGCGUUGGGGCGCCAUCAGCGCGGCCCAUGCGCAUAUAGUGGCGCCGGCGCUUGCUGCGGUUACAGCAGGAGUCUUAGCUGAUGCUGGAGUGGA